CCACUUUAAAAGUUUUCCUCCCGCAGCGAGCGGACACACAACAGACACAAUAAUGGAUCGUAAUAUCAGGUCAAUUUUAUAUGUCAAUAUUGGAAGAGAAACACUGGCAAGAGCGAUGAUAUUCAACAUGACAACGAUGAAAACGAAGGCGUCUUUAUAACUGGAAUAUAAUCAAGCCAUAAAUGGCAAGCGAUGAAGUGUUAUCUGCCGCGAGUGUGCGCGAAUAUUUUAUCAAGAAUGGAGGCAAGGUGAAACGAGACGACUUAUUCGGCCACUUCCGAGGCCAUUUAGACAAAUCCGACGAUCAAGGAACAUCGAAUAAUCGUUUCGGAGACAUAAUCAACUCGUUAGCUUCCGUGCAAAAUAUUGAGGGGGAAAAAUAUUUUGUGCUGAAGAAAGCUACACCCGUAACGCUACGAAGACAUGUGCGGCAAGUGAAUCAAAGGAAAGACAAGGGAGUUUCCUUGCCAGCUUCUAUGAGAAGCUUCCGAUUUUCUGCGGCAGAAGAUGCUUUUGGAAAGUUAGCAUUACCAAAUGGCAAGUCCAGGGCGAGUUUCAGUGUCCGUUCACGUGCUGGCUUUCGCUCAGAGUCGCACGAUGUAGGAAUGAGAAGAAAUAAUGCAGAUAUUGAGCAUGCUCAAGCUAAUGACAGUGGAGUUGAUACAGCUGUAUCAUCCUUGCAGUCUGAAUCACCAGGAGGUUCGAGACAAAGUUCUUUUUCCAAAAACUCUGAGUAUGAUCAAAUGUCACAGAACAGUAGUGAUACUGGAAUUUUCAAUGGGGAUGAUUAUUAUGAAUAUGAUUCACCAUCUCAUGUGCUCAGUCCUUUUGAGAAGAGUUGGAUGAUGUCGGCCAUGACUGGAAAUAAGUCAGAAAUAAUCUGUCAAAUGGAAGAAGAUCCGAGCAUUGUUAAUUUUAGGGAUUUUCUCAUGGGUUAUACUGCUCUGCACUGGGCUGUUAAACACGGAGAUGAAGAUUUAGUGCGAUUGUUAGCUAGAGGUGGCACCGAUGUUGAUGCAAAGUCUAAUGGCGGUUUUACUCCACUUCACCUGGCUUCAAUGUCUGGCAAAGUAAACAUUAUCAACAUCUUGAUCGAUGAAUGCCACGCCAAUUUUCACAUCCGUGACCACAGCGGUAGGAAGGCAAAGGAUGUUGUCAAGAAGGGUUCAUCGCAAAAAAUAAAACUGAAACUGACGGAACCAAAGGCUGCAAUUGCUCUUGGGGAAAUGUCGAAAAGAUUUUCUUCAAUUUCAAACGAAGAUUCCUCGAAUGUGGGUGGCCUCAGUAAAUAUAUGGACCCGAAGGAUUCUCCGAAACUUAAGCCCAAGCUCAAAGGGGCUGCGUCGUUUCGCUUCUUGAAGAAGCCAAAGAAAUUUAAGAAGUCAGAUCGUCCUGUCAUUGAACACUGGGACAGCUCAAGACAAGAGAGACUCGAAUCAACGCUAGAAAGUGGUGAGAAAGAUCUCCAACGAAUGGUACGAAGCAACUCGGGCAGUUUAUUCCCGACAAUGUUUUACUCCUCCAAACGAGAAGAAUCAGAAAAAAGACGUGACAAUAUUAACGAUGGCAGCGGGGAGGUUGAUGGGGAACUGGAUACCAACAGCAUAUCGAAUGAAACACGCCAAAGACUUUCAAGCCGAAGUUAUCCGGAAAACGAGUUUAGAAAUCUUUCGCGAAUCUCGGAGAGUGAUGUGCAAGAACCUGGUGGUGACAAUUUGCGGCCUAGUAUGGUGAAUAGAGCUACAUCAGAAGGUGAUGCUGUUUUUGGAUCAGACUCCAUUAAGCAAAGGUCAUUUUCAGAGGAUAAUAUUAACCAACGUCUUCAAGAUGAGCGUGUGGACCGAUCUACAGUGGACAUGACUGAAAUACCUCCGUCAGCUUCUGCAGGAAAUCCAGCAACUUUCGCAGAGGAAGUCAUUGAACGCGAAGAUGAGGAACCUUUGAGGCUUAAGAUUGACUCUGACUCUGAAAUGGAAAGGGUAGAUCCCGUCAGGAGUGAGGAAGCCAAUCUUAAGACUGUCUCAGACAAAGGUCCGGACGAAGACACUCUACAGUAUGAUGAGACUUUAAAUGAACCUAGAAAGUUAAACGGGAACAUUCCAGGUUUCCGUGAUGAUGGGCAGAGAACUACAGAUGACUUGGAAGAACGUCCAACGCAGAGCUUUUUAAAUGCACAAGGCGAAACACAACCAGGAGAAAAAUACGAAGAGCAACAAGCGAUUCAAGAGGAUGAAAAAGUUGCAGCAAACUCUGGCUACCAAAAUGGCGAAGUAGUUCCAAAGUUUAAUAAUAAUUAUAAGCAAGUGAGUGAAAUAUUGACAAGCGAAGAACAGCAGUUUGCGGAGAGCCUAGAGGAGCCUUCUCCUGUCAGGCCGCCAAGGAAGAAAGAUAAAAAGUUGAAGAAAUCUCCUCGCAUUGAAGAAAACGAACGAAAUGCUUUUAGUUUUGAAGCUGGUCAGCCGUCUAUCUCAACUUCAUAUGUCGGCGACAGGGGUUUUGACGGUAAGAGGGAAUUCGAUACAGCAACUGAAGUAAGUCAACCAGAUCAUUGGAAUCCAAAUGAUUAUGUGGAUACUCGUUCUGGUAUGAAAGACGGUGAUGUGUAUGUGGAACCAACUCAAUCAUCGAGUUCUCCAAAAAAAUAUCGUCUGCAGUUUGAUAACACAAAUUCAGACUACAGAGGAAAGAAAUACAAUGUUCGUGUGGAGCAACGAGCUGAUAUGAAGCACGACUUUACACGAGACAGCAGGAAGGGAGAACAUACAAGAAGAAAGUCUGAUGGUUUUCCCAUACAUCGAGCACACAGCGAGGAGAAUGUGUUAGUUUCAAAGCUGAAAACAAGAAGAAAAUCUGAAGGUUUCAGAGCCUCACUUGAGGACUUCACAGACCAUAGGAGGUCGGAGAGAUUUUCGAGGCAGAAAGGAAUGUCCUUAGACCAUCUAAGAAAAAGCUCUACUGAUGAUUUCAGAGACAAGCAAAGGUCAGAAGAGUUCCCAAGGCAAAAGGAGUUAUCUUUAGAUCAUCUCAGAAGAAGCUCUACCGACGAUUACACAGAUCAGCAAAGGUCAGAAGGAUUCUCGAGACAAAAGGAGGUGUCUUUAGAUCAUCCCAGAAAAAGCUCUACGGACGAUCACACAGAUCAGCGAAGGCUAGAUGGAUUAUCAAAACAAAACGAGAUGUCUUUAGACCAUCUCAGAAGGAGCUCCACAGAAGACUUCAGAGAUAAGCAAAGGUCAGAAGGAUUAUCACGACAAAAAGAGGUGUCUUUAGAUCAUCCCAGAAAAGAGGUGUCUUUAGAUUAUCCCAGAAAAGAGGUGUCUUUAGAUCAUCCCAGAAAAGAGGUGUCUUUAGAUCAUCCCAGAAAAGAGGUGUCUUUAGAUCAUCCCAGAAAAGAGGUGUCUUUAGAUUAUCCCAGAAAAGAGGUGUCUUUAGAUCAUCCCAGAAGAAGCUCUGCGGAGGAUUUCAGAGACAAGCAAAGGUCAGAAGGAUUUUCGAGACAAAAGGAGGUGUCUUUAGACCAUCCUAGACGAGGCUCGAAGGAAGAUGUCCUAAAAAUCGAUCAAGAAUUUACGAGGCGUAAAUCUGAGGACUUAAGAGAUCAAGGACGAUCAAACGAAAUGCAAGCGUUGAAAUACAGUAGACCCAAAUCUGAAGGUUUCACAGAUCAAAGAUACGAAUCUUUUAGAGAUGAGCAAAGAUCAGGAAACGUCGCGAAUCAACGAAGGUCAGAAGGAUUUACAAGUCAAGCAGACGAAUCUCUAGACCAGCUCAGGCGAAGGACGAUACACAGCCUUCCUUCCAAGACAAACCAAAGUGAGGGUCGCCAUGUUUUACCAGAAGUAUUGUUAGAUAACACCAGACGUCGGAACAGUUCUGGAUAUCAGAUGAGACCUCAGGACGAUCGUGAACCUACCAGGGAUGAUUUGGAUGGUAAUCCACAAAUAGACCGAAGAGUCCCCCCGCCGUACCGCGCUCCCCCUGGGUUGAUGAAAUCACCCUCCGAGGGUGGUUCAUAUCCAGAACAAGGCAAAGAUCGUCCAUCAUCGAGGCCAAAUUACAUGGCACCUCCCCCACCUGUUUUUAAGGAUUCUGGCUCUGUCCCUAAUCGAAAGUCAACAACGGAGUUUAGCGAUUAUUUAUCUAAAAACUUAUCUAAAAAUACUAAUUUGUUAUCUCAACCUGAUUACCCCUCUUCCCUUGAAGUGUCCACCAAAGCACCACCCCGCAAGCACCGAAACACUCCACCUUCUGAAGUUCAUCCCCCGACAGAGGUUUCACCCACCGCCCCACCACGAAAACACAGAACAUCGCUACGCCGUUCAUCGUCGGAGUCCGAUUACCACCACCACCCUCCUGAAGUCUCCCCUGUAGCACCACCACGCAAACGUCGAAAUUCUUUAACCCGCGCAUUGGAAGGAACACCCACAGCCCCACCACCUCUUCCAUCAAACACACUUCCUCUUCCGUCAAACACACUUCCUCUUCCGUCAAACGCACCGCCUCCUCCAUCAAACGCACCACCUCCGCACCCCAGUGCUCUGGAAGGUGAAGAAUACAUCCUCCUUGCACAAACGGUACAACCGCCACUUUCUGUAUCAUCAAACGCCCCAUCCCACUCCACCCACUCCCGAGAAGGUGAAGACUAUACCUACACCCAAAUUACUGCCACGGGCUAUCCUGCGUUUGCUAUGCAGACAAACACGCCACCCUCUUAUUCUCAGUCCCAAAGUAGAGAGCGUGACUUCAGACGCGAGGUGCCACCUGAUCAACAUCACCUGCCACAAAAUUCUGAACUAAAUGAACCCGUCAUUGUGGCUACAAGAAGCUUCGAACCAUCGCAAUAUAAUUCUCAACAACAGUCCAGUAAUUAUCGUCUAUCAAAGGGCAAUGAAUACAAUAAAUCAGAACUCGAUAAUUUCGGAGAUUAUUCCAGAAAUUAUCAAAGGUCAGGUGACGAUGUACCUUACCGAUCAGAAUAUGAUUAUAACUCCCAACAGCAGUCCAGUAAUUAUCGACGCUCAGCGGGAAAUGAAUAUAAUAAACCAGAGGUCGCAGAAUAUACCAGUUACAAUCGAAGAUCAGAGGGCAGUGAACGUUACCCAUCGGAAUUCGCCUACACCCAACCACAGUCCAGUGAUUAUCAGAGGUCUGUCGGCAAUGACUAUUAUCCGUCAGAAUACAAUAAGCGUAAAGAACAGUCCAGUGUUUAUCGUCAGUCAGAAAGCAAUGAAUACAGUCAAUUCAUUCCCAGUUUUGAAACAACAGCUGCCCGCGGUCAGGUUGCCACUGAUGAAAAGAAUUCAUUUCGACGAAGUACGACGGUCGAUGUGACAACUGCUGACCAGUCCCCACCCGAUGAAGUUGUUCUCGCAAGAAGUGUGCCGUUACAACCCGAACAUUACACGAAUUACUCCGACGAGGAGCAUGACGCACCCGACUAUAUUCCGACACGAAAUCAGCCAGAAAGCAGAGGUUCAGGGUAUACUAUGGAUAAGAGAAAUGGCAUGUUUGAUCAUCCACGUUUUAACAGUGAAUUCGAGUCUGUUUCAGUACCAAAAUAUGAUGGUUAUUCGGAAACAGGGCCUGUGUCGUGGCCUAAAUUUCACGAUUAUAAAGAUACUAGUACGGUUAGGCCUGAGGUGAAUAUAUCAAGGUCUGAACAAGAUUUCACAGAACCUGAGUUUAUUGUUGCUAAGCAAAUGCCUUCACGUGACGAGAGGUAUGAACCGCGUAUGCGCGGCAGCAGGGAGGAUAUGGAUACCCUCCCAGAACCCCUUGGUCAGGAAAUGAAGAAUAAGUGGGUCUCCAAUUCCUCUGAUGGAUCGAACGAGAGUGGUGAAAAUAAAAAAUAUAGAAUGACAUCAAUUAUAUAAUUCCCAUGUUCUCUUGUCCAGAAAAUAACCAGGAAGAAUGAAUCAACGACGGCUUGCACGGGUUUUGAAUAAAAUUUAGAAUGCAGUUUAGAAUGAGAAUCUUCGGAUCGCCAGUGAUGUGCGAUAUAUAGGUAAUUAUUAUCACCAGGGAUGAUUCCCUGGAUAGCAUUAGCAUAUUGUGCGAAAAGGCCGAAGUUUUGUAAUAUUUUAUCUAUUCAAUAUGAGCUACGUCACAUUACAGGUUCAGCCUUUUCGUUCAAUUCAAUGUGGUUUUUGUGUCUGUCAUCCACGUUAAGUUAUCGCUAUGAUAUUGUAGUGUGUAGGUGCGUCUUUCGAGGUUUCUACAUUUCUUAUAAGGAUUGUAUUAUAUUUAACUCUUCUUUAUUUAAAGUCUGCUCUGGGAAUUUAAUUAUAUAUUUUUUUAGCUGAUAAAUAUUAUUUUUUUAUAAUCCCAAGUUCAUAUAUCCUGUAGCAGUAAUGAAAAACUAUGGGGAGUUAAUAAAAAUAUGAGAAAAAGA